UCUACCAUUUUCUGUUUUGGUUGUGCUCACUCAGCAUCGUGUCCCUCCCCGCCUCCCACACAACGUAGUCCCUCCUUUUGUACCGUUACAGGUUGGUGAGGUGGAGGUGGAGCGGGAUGGGGUGGAAGGAUAUAUAAAGAAGGGCAGAGUCUGGCAACAAGAGUACAGUUCAGGUGUGAUUCUGUCCUCUCUUGGAUUGUACACAUCCGAAGUCCUCUGUAGCACCUACACGGUUCAGAGCUGGACAGCAUAUGUGAGAGCUUGCCUCUUUCUAACUUUUAGCCUGUAAAUCAGAAUCUCUACAUCUCAUCACCACCAUCUCUGUGGCUCUCCAGGGCUUGUUGAGAAGCAUGCUGACGACGCUGGAAACGGUGUGGUAUCUCCAAGACCACAGCUCUAGGGACUGGAAUGGCUCCCCGCCAGUGGAGAUGGAUCUGGAAGUGAUUGAUGAGUUCCUCCAGGAGGUCCAGUCAGCCCCCCUCCCCUGCCCUAGGGUUGAAGAGGAGUCAAGAGUUCCAGCUCCGUUUGCCUACGAGUUUUACUACAACCCUCCGCCCAGCUUGGGCAGAGACCAGUGGGGGCAGACACCAGUCUGGCCGUGCUCCUCCAACACUCAGCUGACUUUGCAGGGUCACUGCCAGCUCGGCUACGACACCUGCGACUCCGACACCCACUCCACUGGUUCCAGCUGCCAAGACAGCCCCCCAUCACCCCCCAAGGAGCGGAGAGGGAAGAAGAGCAGCGGCGCUCCUCUCCCCCUGGCAACUAUCGCAGGCCGGAAGAAGGAGCGCCUCUUCCAGUUCUUAUACGAAAUGCUCCAGGAUCCAGCGAUGCGCAGCUGCAUCUGGUGGGUGCAGUCGGGUAGCGGCACUUUCCAGUUCUCCUCGCAAAACAAGGAACACCUGGCUGAGAUGUGGGGCCGACGCAAAGGCAACCGUAAGACCAUGACCUACCAGAAGAUGGCACGUGCCCUGCGCAACUAUGCACGCACUGGUCAGAUCUACAAGGUGAAGAGGAAACUGACCUACCAGUUCAACGAGGACACCCUCCGCGGCCUCCGGGGCAACGGUGGCCUGACUGUGGAGAUUUAAGGGGAUGGGCUGAGGUGGGAUGGCAGAGAGAGAACUGAACUGGGGAUGGGGUCAGAGCGCAGACACUUGACAUCUGCCAGGACAUGCACUUAAAUACUGAGUAUUUGCUGGGCACCUAGUUUGAGACGACAUGAGACCCUAUCAGUUACCCCUCAGGGUUUUGUCUGAAGGCAAAUUUAACUUUAACUGAUUAUUAACCAUGAGAAAUGGGAGAAAGCCAAGUGUUGCCAGAGAAAGGAAAUUCAUUUUUGUUUGAGAACAUAUAUAAAUCUCAGGAUUGUUUGU